UUUCACUGAUAUUCGCCAGUCGCUCCGGCCCGCGACUCCUUCGCUCUCACCCCUUCCCUGCGCAACUAUCGAAACGGCAUAGUAGCCCGCGUCGCCGCGAGCAUCAUGGCCGGCGGUGCCGGACUCCGCCGCUGGCCCGAGCUCGAAGACCGCGGGGUUCGACUCCUGCUCCGUCCGCACCACCUCCGCCUCAUAAGGGCCGGCGGCGACUACAACCUAGGUCUCCGCACCACCUCCGCCUCAUAAGGGCCGGCGGCGACUACAACCUAGGUCUCCGCACCACCCGUUCCUUCGUUAGCUGCUGGUCCGGGGCUUCUGCGGCGAGCGGUGGCGGAAACUCCUCACCACGAGUUGAACCCCACCAGCAGACGUGAACUCUGAAACCGGCACGAACGUGAAGACCGGUCGUGACUGGUUGCUGCUGCCGCUACAUCUCCACCACCACACCACAUCUACGCCGGCGACUGCUACCUGGGUCUCCGUGCCUCCCGCUCCCUUUAAUGGCUACUGGUUCAGGGGCCGCUCCGGCAAGGCAAAGCGGAAGCCCACCGCGGCAGUCUGUCGUUGUGUGUGUGGAGUCCGUUGCUGUGUGCCUGAGUGUGCGUUGCCAUGUGCGUAUGCUCUCUGUCCGCAUCCCCUAAUCUGAUUGCAGGUGCACGAAACUGAGUUGUUGCAAGCACGACCAAUAGCUGUAUUCAUCUUUGAUCCCUCACGAACAUGCUUCCCUUUUUUCUGUUCAAAGAUGUCAAGUACUCCCUCCGUUUCACUAAAAUUAGUACAAAGUUGAGUCAUCUAUUUUGGAACGGAGGGAGUAUAAAGGUUCAUACUUAUAUGCAUGUGCAAUUCAACGCUUGACCAUCCAAACAAGAUUUGGAAUUGUGUUUUCGUUUGGAUUCCAUGAGCCAAAUAUAUGAGCAUCCAAACACUGAAAUUGGCAUUGAAGCUCAAUAUCAAUGUCUUGGAUAUUUGGCAUUGGAGCCAAUUCAAUGUCAAGCCUUCAAUGUCUACAUCCAAACAGAGCAUAGUAGUAUUUGGUUGAGGCCGUAAGGACCAGGCAACGAUCAAGAACUUUUUGGACCAACAAUGUUUGAUUGGGUGUUGUUAAAGAACAUGUUGCUUCCCUGAUCAUCUUAUGUUGCAUGUACCAGAAUCAUUAGAGAAAACUGGAAACCAAAUGUGAUUUCCCCAACCCAAAUUCCUGAAAGAUUGCUGCUCUGGAUGCACCACCAAAUUGCAAGACAGACUCAAUAAAUGCGUCACAGGUUUCCUGCCUUUUUCGUAGGAGCCUUGAUAUCAUGCCAGAAGAUGUGGAGGCGUUGAAUGGGCAACUGAAGGAAAGAAAGCGAGAAAAGGGAAGACGCCAUCGAGGUGAGUGCAAUAAAUCCGGUCUCAUGUUUAGCCAGACUUGCAUAAAUGCUGAAGAAUUAUGCAACUACUAGUACAUGCUUAGAACAAGGUUCAGAGGAGAUGGAAUGGCAACACAGAGAAUAUUUGCAUCAACCGGUCAGCACCAUUCAUUCAUUUCUUAGCUAACAUUUCUGUCUUGAUCUGCACGCCUUAACUUUUUUCAGUAUGGUUAUAAGCUUCAGGAGUUGAGAACAUUUCUGCUACGUAAAUAGAUUAUUUUGAGACAGGUGCAUACAGAAAUUUGCUGUUCAUUCUUGUGAUCCUGCCAGUACGUACUCACUUAUGCUCCAUCAUUGGGUCUGAUUAGCUGUAAACUGGGCAAGAGUACUGUGCAACCCUUUGAUUGGCAGUACUAUAUUUGGUGCUAAAGCUGCAGCUAGCCUGCAUAGGAACUGUGGGGAACAAAACUGAAACUACUGCAAAGUGUGGAAUUUUCCCUCUUGUUUGCUGCGAAGACGCCUCUACGUCGAGGGCGCAGUGUAAAUUUUCAAUUCUACAGCCCUUGUUUAUUACAGAAUGACUAAUUUAUUACUUUGUUAAUGCGAUGAUAUGUGUUCCGUAACCAUAAAAAAAGGUGACUUGUUGGGAUUCAUUCAUCAACACGGUUUUCAAUGGCGGUUGCAGCAUUGCAGCUACCCAGGAGAAUGAGAAUCUGUAGCACGGCACUAGCAGGCUACCACCAAGGAACAAGGCCAAGGUCUCAUCUGUGAAAGAUUAAGGUUACUUUGCAGGGAGAUGAGGCCCAUCCCGAGACAUGACAGAUGGAUGGAGAGCUAGCUAGGCGCACUAGUUAAAACAAUUUGAGGACGCUUCUCCCUUGUCUGCACCUAAUUAUCUAGAGAUCCUGUGACCUUAUUGCACCAUUUGAUUACAACAGCCUGCAGAUUAAACCACACCACGCCACACCACCGGCUCCCAAUAAUCUAAUGCUUGCCGCAUGUGAAGAUCAUAUCGAUCAUUACAUUUAUCUCUGCUCUGGGCAAAUUGGAUGGACGGCGCAUAUACCUAUAUUAGAUUAAAUUGCAACAAGGUAGCACCUACCAAUACCAAUUAAACGGUCUCUUCAGCUGCUAGCUAGCCACUCCUGAUCAUGCAUGUGUCUUGUAGCCUUGUAGAAGAGCAAGGCUCCACGUGGAUGGCCAAGUAAACAAAAGAGGUUUAGCAGCACACCACCCCAAGUGACUGAUUAGCCAGAAGCAUUACUAUAUAUCUUCACAAAUUGCACUCCACCACACCAUCCAUGGCAUCUUCCUUCCUUUCUCCCCUCCUGAAAAAUACAUCAUGAACAACUAGUCUCUCUGCUCACCAGGCAACCUAGCUACUCUAGCUGAUUGCUCUUUUGAUUGCUCCUGUCCUGUACUGAUAUGCUGCUAGCUUCGUUAAUUAUAUGCCAAUAUGUGCUAUGCAACCCUCCUCUGAGCAAAAGCCCACAUACACACACCGCCUUCCUCACUCUCUCUAAUUGAGUAGAGCUGUAGUAGCCCUGCCCACACCCAGUGGGAGGCGGAGCACCAUAGCCACAGCCUCUGCCUCUUGUGCAUCGUCCUGUUUGAUUUCUUCUCCUUGAGAUCAGACUAAAACCAGCCAUGGUGAAGAAGCUUGGCCUCACGUCUCUCAUCUUCAGCAGCAAGCAGGUGGACAGUGCUGCCAGUGCCAGUGGCGCUGCACCUUCCUCCGUGGCCUCGUCUUCCUCCAUGUCUGCCACCUCGUGGCAAUGGCCGUCCUGCAAGCAACCAAGGACCCUCUCCUUCAGGCAGCAGCAGCACCAAGAGCAGCACCAGACGGCGUACAAGACCAUGAACUCCGCCUACUUGCCCGACUCUGGCGCCGACUCGUGCUUCUCCAACUCCUUCGCCUCGCUCGACGACAGCCUCUCCACGGCGUCCGAGGCCGCCUCCGGGCUCGUUGAGGCCAACGAGCGAGAGACGGUCAUCCGCGCCCUGCGCUCCGGCCGCCUCUUCUUCGAGCCCCACGCAACGCCGGCCACCUCCUCCUCCAUACUCGACGAGGCCAAGCUGAAGGUGAAGCACAUCGACACUACCACCGCUACCACCUGCUGCAUCAGCGGGAAGGUGGACAAGACGGCGCCGUUCGAGGGAGCGACAGCGAUGACCAUGGACUCGUCGAACCCGUACCGCGACUUCCGGGCGUCCAUGGAGGAGAUGGUAAUGAGCCAUGGCGUGAAGGACUGGUGCUGGAUGGAGAAGAUGCUGGGGUGGUACCUCAGGGCCAACGGCAAGAGCACCCACGGCCUCAUCGUCGGCGCCUUCGUCGACCUGCUCGUCGCGCUCAGCGACACCGCCUCGCCGUCCUCCCCGACCACCGCCAGCACCAACCGCUCCUCCUCCUCCUUCAGCGGCAGCGACGAGAUCAAGGAGGAAGAAGGAUGAACCGAACUCAACUGGUACAUAUGAUUAUGAUUAGUUGUCGUCCCUUGCUGCCAUGAUUCGCGUCAAGUGCUGUCAAUUCCCAGCCGGAUGCAGUGCAGCUUGAUCAAGCAAGAGAUUAGUUGUAUUGAUUUCAUUUAUCUUUUGCGAAGCUACUGGCUAGCUAUUGUGUGAUUGCCUGUCAGUUAACUCCUCGUGCGCGCGUGCACGCCUACCUAACUGAUUGUUUGCUAGCUAGGUGAGUACUAUAUUUGAAUUUGUGUGCGCAGCCCGGAUAUUACGUAUGAGAAAACCAAAUGAAAUGUAAAAAAAAUAUAUAAAUAUGUAUAGCGUGUGUGUUGUCUGCAAAA